GGCAGGCAAUAGAACGGGAAACGGAGGAGUAGUAGAACUAGGUGGAAGGAUCAAAGGAAUAACGUAACGGACUUACAGAAAAUGGAUUUUCUUUACGGUAGCCCAUUCUCAUCUCCAGUCGGACAGCGAAUUGAGAGAGCCACGGGCUCCACACUGCAGUCGGAAGACUGGGGACUCAACAUCGAGAUAUGUGACAUCGUCAACGAGACAGAGGAUGGACCCAAAGAUGCGGUGAAAGCCAUCAAAAAGAAAAUUGUGGGAAACAAGAACUUCAGAGAGGUCAUGUUGGCUCUGACUGUGCUGGAGACAUGCGUGAAGAACUGUGGCCACCGGUUCCAUGUGCACGUGUGCACCAGGGAGUUUGUGGAGGGGGUUCUGGUUCGAGCCAUCCUCCCCAAAAACAACCCUCCUCAAGUGCUGCUCGACAGAGUGCUCAGUCUCAUUCAGGCAUGGGCCGAUGCCUUCCGGAACUCUCCGUCGCUGUCGGGGGUGGUGUGCGUGUACGAUGACCUGCGAAGACGAGGCCUGGAGUUCCCCAUGACGGAUCUGGAUGCUCUGUCUCCCAUCCACACUCCACAAAGGAGCGCGCCAGAGAACGGCAGCAUCGCUCCCCCGCCAGCAGUGCCAGCCCAACUACAGACACAAACCCUUCACGCUCCUGCUCCUGCUCCUGCCCCUACUCCUGCUCCUCCUGUUCAAUCCCCAAACUCCGACCCCCCACCAACAGACGGCCCGGUCGCCUUAUCGCCAGAACAGAGGCAGAAGCUGCAGGCGGAGCUGGACUUGGUGAAGGGGAACCUGCGCGUGAUGACAGAGAUGCUGAACCAGAGCACCACCGCAGAGUGCACCGCCUCAGAUCGAGACCUGCUGCAGCAGUUGAAUGGUGUGUGUAAGAGCAUGCAGCAGAGAGUCGUGGAGCUGAUUCCUCAGCUGCUGGACGAGGCUCUGAUUGGUGAGCUGCUGGUCGUCAACGACGACCUGAACAACGCCUUCAUCCGCUACGACAGGUUUGAAAGGUUGAGCAUCACACAGCGCACAACAGCAGCACCAGCGACCAUAACACCAACAACAACAACAACAACACAAUUGGUCCCACCUCCAGGACGUCAGAACCUCAUAGACCUCAACCCCGUGUCCCCACCCUCCUACCAGUCCUCAGUGGCCAGUCCACCUGUCAAUCAUUCCACAGCCACGGCGCCAUCCAAUCAGAUGCCUCCUCGCCGCAAGGCGGAGGAGGAGGACUUUGACAUGUUCGCCAACACCAGAGGCAGCUCUCUAGCUGAUCAGAGGAAGAGUGUGCGAUAUGAAGACCCAAGGGCUGUGGAGGGCCUGGCCGAAGCGCUGGACACCCGACUACAAGUCACAGGCGCGGUUCCCGCUUGUCUAUCAAAGGCUGCUGAUGGCGAAUGGGCAGCUGCAGAGUCCGCCUGGAUGCACAGUGAAGGACUGAUGCCCGCCGCUCGCACGGCCGCCAUGACUGACAUCGAGAAAUGGCUCUCCUCUGAAAUGCCAGAGACCGGCGAAACAGAGGGAGUGACCAGUGAAGAGUUUGACAAGUUCCUUCAGGAGAGGGCGAGAGUGGGAGACAAUCUUCCAAGAUCUCCAAAUAGAACCGCCAAUGGCUCUUCAUCAUCAUCGUCAUCCUCUUCAUCACGAACACAGAAACCAGACAAGUCACACGACAACCUCUUCACGCUGUAAACAGUACACACAAACAAACUGCUCAAGCUUAUCAGUCUACAAAAGAAAAACACAAUUGAAAAACAUGGCACGUGACUCAGUCUCCUCUACUCCUAAGAGGGGAGGGAGGCACUUGCUGCCACUGUGCUGCGUAUUGUACCGAUGUGAGUUCAUGGACACACACUCAGUGUUGCCAGAUGUGUAUGACCAAAUCCCGCCCAAAAGCUUCUCAAAAACCGCCAAAAUGCGGUAAAUUCCGCCCAAAUUCAACAAAUUACACUGACUUCUAUGGGCCCAAAACGGCUGAAAAAAAACGCCAAAUGGCCAAUUUUUUCCGAUUUUUACCCGCAGACGCUCAUCCCAAGUAGCCCAAUUGGGCGGGCACCUGCCCAAUCUGGCAACACUGCACCCGCUAUCCCUGUGUACGCCAGGGAGGCAUUGUAUUCAUCACUCACCAGGGUGUGUAAACUGUACACCAGUGGUUCUGAGAGCUGGAUAAUGCAACACCCCCAAGACAAGUCAAA